UGUUUUUUCCAAAAUAAAAAAUAAAAUGAGCCUUAUUGAGUAAAUUGACUUGUAAAGUUAAAUACUACUGCUAAACAAUUCAACCAAAAAAAGAUAAUCAAACAACUCUAACAAUUUAAUGUUUCUUAAAUUAUUAAGAUUUAACAUAGAGUGAUGAACUAACCUGUAAUCUGGUCAUUACUGAUCAUUCUGCUCUGCUUAUCCUUGCUGUUGCCAAUAGACAAUGAGGAGACAUUAAUAUUACAAUAAACAACCAGACUGCGGGUCAAUAUUCUUUAUGGAAGCAAUAGAGCUGAGUUCUGAUGAUGAUGAGAUCGUUGAGACUCUAAGGGUGUUAUGGAACGAACCAAUGAAAAUCCACUGGUUUGACAUCGGUAGGAAAGAGCCACUACAGAAGGUGUUCAAAUUGCUCGCCAAGGAGUACCAACUCAAUCCGGAGGAGGUUCUCCUUGUCAGAAAUGGCACAGAGAUCUAUCCUAGCGACUCCAUCCACUCUCUGAAUAUAAGCGUACUUGAUGAAAUCGUUGCACUCAAGAACAAUGCCAAAGAUUUUCUCACCGAGCUGACAACGCCUGGCGGUCGUAGCGGUCGUAAGAUCAAGAUUAAAGUUCAAGAGAAGGAUGUUAGAAAGCCUCUUGUCUUCUACCUGUGCAAAGACCAAUCCGUUCACCUCCUCAUCAGGGCUUGUGCCAAACAGCUUAAACUACCCGAAGACAAAAUCAGUAUAAAAUUCGACGGGGACGUUCUCAUGCAUUCAGACACCCUUAAUAGUUUAGACAUUGACAAUGAAGUAGUUAUGGACCUUUUUAUAAAUAAGUGAAUUUUUUUUUUGCGUGCGCGAGUUAUUUUGUUAAUAUAUUUUUUGUUUCUAAUUUUAUACCAAAAAUUCAUUCAUUUUCACUUAUCAAAACAAAACUUAUACUUCUUACCAACUGGGUAUGAUUAAAACUAUUUGGACAUAUUAAAGUGGAAUUACAAUUAAUUUUUUAAAAAUUUUAUAUUUAAAUGUUUAGAAUGUUCAGUCCUGUACAUAUUUCAUACUGAACACUUAUAUUGUCAUUUAGCAGGCAAAAGAAAUAGAACAAUUUUCAAUAAUAAA